AUGGCGACCUGCUCGAGCUUCAACAAGACAAUGAUGUACGACUGCCUCGGCUGCCUAAGAGAUAUCACCCGUGUGGCCAAGUACCACAACUACAUGCUCCGGGCGGCGAUUGGCGUUCUCAGGGGCAAGUACUCGCAUGUCAGGAUCAUCUACGCCGACUUCUACGGCCCGAUCAUCACGAUCCUCCAAAACCCAAGUCGUUUUGUUUUGCCCUCAGUUGCGAAUCGUGCUCAGUUUUGCCCCUAG